AAAACAAAACUAUCUUCUAGGCUAUAUGACUCCCUGAAGGAUAAGAACAAUGCUAUGUUGGGGGUAUUGGUCUCUGGGCCAACCAGGCAUCAGCUCCAACCUACGAGGAAUUGUGGCUGAGCCCCAGGUGUGCCGCUUUGUAUCAGACAGAAGCAUCAAGGAAGUGGCGUGUGGAGGAAACCACUCAGUGUUCCUGCUGGAAGAUGGAGAGGUAUACACCUGUGGUGUAAACUCCAAGGGGCAGCUUGGCCAUGAGAGGGAAGGCAACAAGCCAGAACAAAUUGGAGCAUUGGCUGAUCAGCAUAUUGUACAUGUGGCAUGUGGAGAGUCACACAGUCUGGCUCUUAGUGACCGGGGUCAGCUGUUUUCUUGGGGUGCAGGAAGUGAUGGCCAGUUAGGACUCAUGACUACUGAAGAUUCUGUGGCAGUGCCCAGGUUAAUACAGAAGCUGAACCAGCAGACCAUAUUACAAGUUUCCUGUGGCAACUGGCACUGCUUGGCUCUGGCAGCUGAUGGCCAGUUCUUCACCUGGGGAAAGAACAGCCAUGGACAGCUGGGCCUGGGGAAGGAGUUCCCCUCCCAAACCAGCCCCCAGAGGGUGAGGUCUUUGGAAGGGAUCCCACUGGCUCAGGUGGCUGCAGGAGGGGCUCACAGCUUUGCCCUGUCUCUCUCAGGAGCGGUAUUUGGCUGGGGAAUGAACAAUGCCGGGCAGCUAGGGCUCAGUGAUGAAAAAGAUCGAGAGUCUCCGUGCCAUGUGAAGCUUUUACGAACACAGAAAGUUGUCUAUAUUAGUUGUGGAGAGGAGCACACAGCAGUUCUCACAAAGAGUGGGGGCGUGUUUACAUUCGGUGCUGGUUCCUGUGGACAGCUUGGACAUGGCUCCAUGAAUGAUGAAGUUAAUCCCAGAAGAGUUCUGGAGCUGAUGGGCAGUGAAGUAACUCAGAUUGCCUGUGGCAGACAGCACACCCUAGCCUUUGUGCCUUCUUCUGGACUCAUCUAUGCCUUUGGCUGUGGAGCGAGAGGUCAGCUAGGAACUGGACACACAUGUAAUGUUAAGUGCCCAUCUCCGGUGAAGGGGUAUUGGGCUGCCCACAGUGGUCAGCUUUCAGCUAGAGCUGACCGCUUUAAGUACCGUGUCGUUAAGCAGAUCUUUUCUGGAGGGGACCAGACGUUUGUGCUCUGCUCCACAUAUGAGAAUUCUUCUCCUGCUGUUGACUUCAGGACAGUGAACCAAACACAUUAUACGCACUUGAUAAAUGAUGAGACCCUAGCAAUUUGGAGACAAAAACUCUCAGAACACAACAACGCAAAUACAAUGAACGGUGUUGUCCAGAUACUGUCUUCUGCAGCUUGUUGGAAUGGAAGUUUUCUGGAAAAAAAAAUUGAUGAACAUUUUAAGACCAGCUCUAAAAUCCCUGGGAUUGAUCUGAACUCAACUAGGGUUUUAUUUGAGAAGUUGAUGCACUCUCAGCAUUCUGUGAUUCUAGAACAGAUAUUAAACAGCUUUGAAAGUUGUCUCAUUCCCCAGUUGUCGAGUUCACCCCCGGAUGUUGAAGCGAUGAGAAUCUAUUUAAUACUACCAGAGUUUCCGCUGCUUCAGGAUUCUAAGUAUUACAUAACAUUGACUAUUCCCCUGGCAAUGGCCAUUCUGCGGCUGGAUACAAACCCUAGCAAAGUAUUAGGACAGUUGAGUCCACACUGAUUUUUGCAGGCUCCGGACACUGCUGAGAUAAGAACCUUCAGUUCCUCAGCGAGCUGGAGAGGGUCUCUGCUGGAGUAGCACCUGAGAUGUUUUUAGUAAUCUGGUGCAGAAACCUGUCACCUGGCUUCUCACUUUUUUUUCCCCUCCCUUGGUAAUUUUUUCAGGUGUUUGUUUCAACUUGGUAACUUCUGUGGUUCAGGUGGCCUGAGUAUCACUGGAGCACGGCUUUCCCUGGAGUGAACAGACCUGCUUCUGGCUUUUCCAUUGCCUCCACCUUCACACAGGCGAUAAAUCCAGAAGUAAUAGUGAACUAAUCAGUAAUAUGCUAGUACUUAAUACUUUCCAAGAUCAGGAGCUGUUCAGAGUGUGUUUUCUUAGGUCAUUUCAUCAGACCUUUUAAGCUUUGGUGUUUUUAAAUUUUUUCUAGGCCAGAUAACACAAAACAGAAUAGGAUUAUUCAAGUUUAUGAUUAAUCUAUUUCUAGCUCCUGACAGUUCAAAUUGAAGAGAAAACCUCGAAGUAGGGUGAACCCAAUAGAUGCCUGUCACAUAAAUCCAACAGCUGUCAAUAGUUUGUUCGUUUUUUUCAUUCUUCCCCCACUUUUAAUUU